AUGACGAGCUUCAUCUCAAACAUCAUCUGGAACUCGGUGGAGGGCUUCGUAGAUGCCGGAAAGAAGACGGCGGGUGAAUAUGGUGGUAAUGCCUUGAUCAAGGCUGGGGAUAUGAUUGAGAAUAGUGGAAGGAGUGUGGGAAAUGGUCUCGAGAAGAAAGCAACAAGCUACGGCACCGCAAUCACCGGCCAAACCUACAAACCCACAGCCAAAGCUCUCCCUUCCACAGCACGAAAGCCCGUGGUCAAGCGUUCCAACUCCACCCCCGCGAGCAACAAGCCAACCACCAGUGGAACGCCCCUAGGUGCGAAGAAGUAUCCGGGCAGUAACCAAGUCAACGGCGCUGUUGGAGGAGCGAAGAAGACCGUCGGAGGAACAGUCGGAGGCCUGAACAAAACCGUCGGAGGAGUAACAGGCAACGCAUCCAAAGCCACCGGCAGCGUCAUCGGCCGCGCAAACAGCACCGUCGGCAGCGUAACAAACACCACCACAAAAGCCACCUCCGGCCUCGUAGGCAGCGGCCAAAGAGCCAUCGGCGGAGCCACGAAAUCUAUUCCUCCCUUUAAGGGCCCCGGCGCGACUCCCUCAGCCAACGGCCUCCCCAAACCCGCGUACCCGACGACCAAGAAGGCGGCAGUCAAGCCCGGCCAGCCGAAACCGUUCACGCCGCCUACGGAGCAGAAGAAACCGGAUCCGAAGAAAGCUUAUCCUGGGACGAAUACGCUGCCAGGGACGAGUCGGACGCCGGUUCAACAGCAGAGGUUGAAGCCGUUGCCGAAGGCGGCGCCGCAGAUUGGUCAGGGGCAGACUAUGUCGCAUCUUGCUAUUUAG